AGGCAUGGGAUUUACCUUAGCUGUUAUUUUAGUUUCUUAUUCUAUCAUUAUCAGUGUCCUCUUGUAACCUCAUUACGAAAGUGUCCUUGAUAAUACGUUGAUUGUACUUCUGACAUUUAUAUGAGCAGAACCUUUUCAGAGGUUUAUGCACCAUAUUUUUUUGCUUCAUUUCCCACGCCAGCUCGGGAAGAGUUGAGAAAGCCUCGACCACCAACCGUAGCUGCCUCCCUCUCCGACCUUCCUGAACCUCUCCCACUCCCAACUGCUGAAGUCAAUUCCCAGCCUGUAACCCAGACCCCCUCCCCAAACCCUGCCCUUCGCUCUCUAUAUGGCUCCUCCAUGAACCUGGAUGAAGACAUACCCGAGAUAGACUUGGGAGAUCCCACUGGGCCAUUUGCAGUACAGCAUGUCAGCUCUGAGACUUAUGUGGUUAUUGACAUGAAUGAUAUUGGAGAAACAAGCCUACCACAGUCACUUGAGACAACAUGCUGCCCCAGUGUAUUCAGCUUCAUCAAGAGACUGUUCACUCUGUACUAAAAAAGACAUUUGAUCUGGCGCAAUAUUAGUUGGAACUUUUACAGCAUUUAUGAAACUGCAUAUUUUUGUAAACUAUUCUAAAAGAACAACAUAAUCUCAUUCAGACAAUUUGAUGUAUGUACCUUUUGUACACAGCAAAAUGUAAAUACUUCUAUCACUUAAUAUGAUUUGAAACUCUAAAUUGUGUUACU